AUGCGAUUGACAGAUGUGUUGUUAACAAGUCUCUUCACCACAUUAUCACUUUCCAUAGUCAUCAAUAAAGAUUACGAUCUUGUCGAUGAGGUCAUUGAUGAUGAGCCCAAUUGUACCCGAGACACAGCCAUCAUCGACAAGCUGUUGAACGAUACGGGCUACAACAAAUUCCGGAUACCCACUGAUGAAGGCGUGCGGGUAAUUGUCGAAUUCUGGAUUCAAGCCAUCGAAUCGAUUAACGAGAUUACCAAUGACUUCGAGAUGGACAUUUACAUUAAUGAGAUGUGGAUGGACCCCGCGUUGAAAUUCGAACACCUCAACCCGUGCAAGCAGAAUUUGUCGCUCAGCUAUCAGGUUUUCGAUCGUCUUUGGACACCGAAUAGCUGCUUCAUCAACUCGAAAGUGGCCGAAAUUCACGACUCGCCCUUCAAAAAUGUGUUCUUGAUGCUCUAUCCGAAUGGGACGGUUUGGGUAAACUACAGGACCCGCGUGAAAGGGCCUUGCUCCCUUGAUCUGACGCUUUUUCCGUUGGAUCAGCAGAAUUGUAGUUUGAUAUAUGAAAGCUUCAACUACAACAACCAGGAGGUGCAAAUGAGGUGGAGCACGGAUGCGGGUGGAGCUGUGCGGAAGCUUGUCGACAUCGUGCUCCCUGAUUUUGACCUUGUCAAUAUUCUAACCGAGCAUGUUGCAGAGCCCUACCCUGCCGGUAUGUGGGACGAGCUGCACGUCGUGCUCACGUUUGAACGGCGCUACAUCUGGUAUUUCAUGCAAGCGUACCUUCCAACAUACCUUACGAUUUUUAUCAGCUGGAUCAGCUUCGCUUUGGGACCAAGAGCUAUCCCGGCAAGGACAAUGUUGGGAGUCAACGCUCUCCUGGCUAUGAUUUUCCAAUUUGGCAACAUCAUGCGAAAUCUCCCCUCGUACGUAUGGAUGCUCGCCUCGAUGACGUUCAUCUUCGCCUCUUUGGUGGAGCUGGCUAUCGUUGGGUUUAUGGUAAAGGACGAGAUGCCGGGGGCAAAGAAGAAACGGAAAAGUCUAUGCGUGCCAAAGCUGGACCACUUCGAGACGAACAACAACGGUAACUUGAUACGCGUCGACAAGCGCUUCAUGUUGCCGCUUGAUCGAACAUCCGGCUUCACGUGGCGCUUCUACCUUCCUGAUCUCGGAAGCUGGCCACCAGAGAAAAUUGACAAGAUCUCGAGUGUGCUCUUCCCGACAGCGUUCGCCAUUUUUAAUAUCGUCUACUGGACCUACUACUCCUACAAAAAAGUUCAACAAGCUUUAGUGCAU